AGUUAAGCGAUAGACGGUGCUAUAGAUUGGGGUAGCUUGGGAAUCCUCUGGUAUCAUCGGUCGGUAAGCUAUUAUCUUGUUAAUAUAAGUAGCCGGUUCCCCUUUGCUUACCGGAAUCUACACUCCCGUUAGUCACUCAAUAGUUCUUCAGAGUCCUUAGCAGUUUCGUGUGGAACAAAAAGGAUAUAUUAUACUAUUUAUUGCACAGAAUGGGUUCUAUUUCUAUGAACAAGCUCAAACGGGAGCCUUUAAAGAAGGGAUCGUCUAUCGAUCAUCUCGAAUAUGUCGAUAGCACACCUAUUAUCGGCCGGGAAUACCCCACCGCGAAGCUCAAGGACGUACUCAAAGCGCCUAAUGCUGAAGAACAGUUGCGAGACCUUGCAAUCACCAUCUGCGAGCGCGGUGUAGUCUUCUUCAGAGCCCCCCAAGAUGAUCUUUCCAUCGAGGAGCAGAAGCACAUCACGGACUUGCUUGGCAAGCUAACGGGACGACCUCCCGAGAAUGGGCUACACGUGCACCCCCUGUAUAAUGACCCCAACAAUCUCCCCAUGGCAGACGGUACCACCGACAAGCAGAUCUAUGUGAUCAACUCCGAGGCGGCCAAAAAGCUAUAUGCCACAAUGAAGAACCGUCCCGGCUCGGCCAACGAGCCUCGAGACCUGGGCCGGGAAUGGCACAGCGACAGCCUCUUCGAAAACUGCCCCUCAGACUUCUCCUUUCUCCGCAUGCAAGACACGCCACCCUCCGGCGGCGACACCCUCUGGGUAUCCGGGUACGAGCUGUACGACCGGCUCUCCCCUCCGUACCAGAGAUUCCUCGAGACGCUGACGGCGACGUGCGCGCAGCCCGUGUUCGAGUCGGCCUGCAAGGCCGGCGGGUACGCCGUCACGUCGCCCCGCGGGUCGCCCCUCAACACGGGCUACGAGUUUUCGCCGUCGCACCCCGUGGUCCGCACGCACCCCGUCACGGGGUGGAAGUCGCUGUUCGCGGGCGUGGGGCUGCACGUCAGCCGCAUCAACGACGUGUACGCGUACGAGGACCAGAUGAUCCGCGAUUACGCGCUGAGGCUUAUCACGCGGAACCACGACUGCGUAGCUCGGAUGCAUUGGACGAGGGGGGCUUGUGCCAUCUGGAGUAAUGUGUGCACUCUGCAUGCUGCUACUCCUGAUACGCAUCUUGUAGAGGGCAUUAGGACAGGUGUACGGGCUUCGGGGAUCGGUGAAGUGCCAUAUCUUGACCCGGCGAGCACUGGGAGGAGGGAGGCGCUAGGGAUGCCACGAUUUUGAGUCUCACGUAUGAUAAGAGAAGUGGAAGAUCGUAGAUGUCUUAGUUUGGUAGGUACCUAACCUAAGUUAUAUCCUCUUAAGCGAUGUGGAAUUUUCCUAUCUCGAGUUAGUAUAGCAUCCAUGGUCCUUUUGAGAAUCAUUCCGAAAUUUCACCUUGUAAAUAAGAUUGUUAUACUUUGCAUGGCC